GAGGAAAAUUCAGUGUUCAUUCGACUGUUGUUUCUGAACUCGUCACGCACCCAAUAACAAAAAUGAAAUUCUUGAUUGUUAUCGCAGCUGUUAUGGUGGCGGGCGUUUCGUCCAGCGUCCUUAGAGCCCAGGGCCUUACCGACUGUUCUGCUGGUGGUGCUCCAAUUAAAUUUAAUGGACGAUUGAUCACUCAAACGGUUCCCGUUGUUGGCAGGAUGUUCAUGGAUUUAACGACCACUACCCUGAUCAAUGCCACAGUCGAAGACAAUCUGCAAAUCCGCAAAGUCACUACCCGAGUUGCCGACAACUAUGAAGUUCCAUGCCUGAACGGCAUCUCUGGCACCUGCACCCUUGAGUUCUGCUCGGCCCUUGCCACUUACCCAGAUGCCGUCUGCACCCUCUUCCCUGCUGACGUGCCCUGCUCAUGCCCCUUCCUUGCCGAUGUCUAUGUCAAUCCGACCGCUUACGUCACUUUCACUUCCGAAUGGCUCGCUAUUGAAGGAGGAGUUAACGGUAACUACAUUACUCGCACUGAAUUCGUUUCCAACAUUGGCACUCCCGAGGAAACCGUCGUGGGUUGCCUUCUUUUGGAGUACGCUUUGGCCGCCGUCUAAGCGCAAUCAGGACCUAUAGUCUUACGUGUUAACUUUUUGUGAAAUGUUAGUAAACUUUAUGUGAAUAGACGAGAUUUCAAAGCUCAAAA